CCACCGUCAUGUAGGGUUGGUUCACUCAUUUCAAUAGCACUAGUGCCUAGGGAGAGCACAUAGUCUAGAAUUUACUAUACAGACUAAAAAUCACAACACAUAAGCCACCAGGCAAAGGACGUGAAUGAGGGAAGGAGCUUUCACGGGUAAACAAUGGCAGACAAAACUGCAGAAACCACUGCGAGGAAGCCCUCAGCAAACAAGAAUAUUAAAAAGCUGCGUGCAAUAAGCGCGGUUUGCAAUUUAGCUCGGAGUUGGCAGAAGUGGGUUACGGAUAAUGAAGAGAAGCAGGCCAGCGAACCCAGCGGCUGGGCCCCGGGUUGCCCUGAAGACCCCAAAGAUGCUAUAAAAGAAGCGGCAAGGAAGCGACUUGCUCAGAAGGCCUUUCUAAGCCAGACCCAUCAAAAUAAGAGCCAAGAUGGUGAGGAGGCCACUGGGGAGUCCGGCAUCAAAACCGCACAGGUGAUGAAAACUGUGACGAGAGAUGCCCAGGAGAAAAGCACAGGUAUUGAGUUUUUGACUAAACGCAUCUGUAAAGACCCAGCCACCGAUGAACUGGACAAGAUGUUGAACAAGAAAGAGUCACCCACUCGACGAAGGAAAUGCACAAAUAUGGUUUCAGAGCUGAUGAAAGGGUGGAAGGACAUGGAGAGAAAGACGACUAAGGAUGAAUGUGUGGAUUAUGAGCCUUCAGAGGAGAAAAGAGACCUGCAGCUAGGAAUCAACCAGGAGGACAAUUCAGUCAGGAUUAAAAGACCUUCUGUAUCUGGGAGCAAAAAGGACGUAGAGGAUGCCAACAAAAUAAAUGCCCUGUCGAAGAAAUACAGCACUGUGGGCAAUCUGAAAAGUCGCUGGCAAACCUGGGCAUCCGAGCACUCCAUCAACCAAAAGCUCAAUCCCUUCAGUGAGGACUUUGAUUAUGAGUAUUCCAUGUCGACACGUUUGAGGAAGGGUGAGGAUGGCUACGGACGCCCCAAAGAGGGCAGUAAGACUGCGGAAAGGGCCAGACGUGCAGAAGCCCACAUCCAUCGUGAGAUAGACGACAUGUGCUUUGUUAUAAGGACUAUGGCAGAUCCGGAUCCAGACGGUCGCACCAGAGUGACCUUUGGCGAACUUUUUGACAGAUAUGUGCGAAUCUCUGAUAAAGUCGUUGGCAUCCUUAUGAGGGCGAGGAAGCAUGGAAAGGUGGCAUUUGAGGGUGAGAUGCUCUGGCAGGGUCAGGAUGAUCAUGUCAUUAUUACACUGUUAGUAUGACAUGUUGUGAAAUCACUCAGUCUUAGUAAGAUUUAAUUUUUUGUUCUUCUUUAAAAACAUCUAUUUUUUUCUUGUAUCAUUACUGUAUCAUACUGUAUUAAAUUUAAGUUAUCAUUGUUUUUCCUGUGAAUGUAUUUAUUUUUUUCUGCAAUAAUAUAAAAAUCAUUCACUCUCACCUCAGGUGAAGGGUUUGAUUUUGCCGUCUCAACUCUGCGUUUGUUGUAUUUGGAUAUUGCAUGCAGAAUAUUUAAUUUUGAAGUAGGAAAUUGAAUUGUCUUGGUUCUAGUUUGUAAACCUAAGCUAUAAGGCCUCUACGUACUUUAGGUAACGAAAGUGUCCAGGUCUCACACUGUCAUACUGUAAGCAUCCAGAAGAGGGAGCUGUAGGCUGGCACUACAGUGGCACUAAAUGCAGUCAAGUAGGGCACAAUGUGAACUUAUUAUGCUUUGGCUCUUUUAUGGAUUAUUUAAAUCACCUGCACCUGCUUUUACUGUUCUAAUGAAGAACAAUGUCAACUACAUCUUGAGUGGACCGAGGGUAAGUAAAUUAUCAUUACAUUUUAGUUUGGGGGUAAAACAAUUAUUUUGUAAUUACACAUAAGUUUACUACAGUUACAACAGCAGCGCAUAAUAGCAAAGUGUAGUAAUUAUCACUAGAAUAUACUACAGUGUACUACAGUUUACUAUAGUAAAUACUAAAGUAUGCUAGAGUAUUUCAUAUAAAUGUGCCAUGUACAGUAGCCUAUUAUACUACUUUCAACCCUAGAUCAAACAGUAUCAAGCAUUCCAUCGUUUCAAUUGCUAUUCUUUAUUCAAGAAACCAGAAAAUCCAGGGCUUACUGUCAUCUUGAGGAAUGCGGAUAAAAACCAUUUACAGGAAAUGUUGCAUUACUGUAGAUAAAGCUGUGAAACAACAUCCUAUUGUACAAACAAACGAUCUCUGUUUUACAGCGCC